ACGUUUUGACGUCUACCGUUUCCGGAAGUCGAUCGUUCACUCCCGUGGUCCAGAGUGAAAAACGAUAGCGCAAACAAAUAUACCGUAUUUCUGUAGUUGCAACAUCACAAAUGUCAGGAGGGACCCGUUUAGAGAACGCAAAUCCUUUGAUUUUUCAACGAACAGGCGAGAGGCUUCAGACCGCAAAUGACGAGGACGAAGAUGUUGCUGAUCCCAUCGACGACAGAGAAAUAUUUGAUCUCAUCAGAUCCAUUAAUGAUCCUGAACACCCACUGUCCCUCGAGGAGUUAAAUGUCGUGGAACAAGUGCGAGUGCGCGUAGAUGACCAAGAGAACACAGUGGGUGUGGAGUUCACCCCCACUAUACCCCACUGCAGCAUGGCAACUCUCAUAGGCCUGUCCAUCAAAGUCAAACUGCUGCGGUCCCUGCCAGAAAGGUUUAAGAUUGAUGUGCACAUCACUCCUGGGACGCAUGCCUCAGAAGAUGCAGUCAACAAACAGCUGGCAGACAAAGAGAGAGUGGCCGCUGCACUCGAGAACUCCCAGCUUCUGGAGGUGGUCAACCAGUGUCUGAUAUCCAAUGCAAGGACAGGCUGACCCCCCUGAUGGAUCAAUUGAAAAUUCUCCUUAGUCCUGGAGUAGCCUUAAUGUUUCUCUCCUGACAUGCUAACUGGACUGGUUGUUCCGUUUAUGUUGAGUAAAUGGCAAAUGUAUCACCUAUGCUGCCGUCGUAUUAUUUUCUUCUAACAGAAUUCCCUUGUAUCAUGUUUGUCUGUGUUGUAGGUAGAAAUACUAAACACGCACUAUAGUUCUCUUCACUAGAUCUUCAGUUUUGCACUAUAAAAGACAGGCAUUGUAUCCUUUAUUAUACAAGUAAAGCAAUAAAACACAAGGUCAUAUCUUAUUUCAUUGAAAAUAUACCUGAUAUUAAUGGCAUUUGCAAAGAGAACUAAGGAAAUGUAUCUCAAAUAAAAUGUCAAAGUACACAAUGACAUGUAAGCCCAACGACUGGGGAACAGGCCCUGACACUGAAUAUGAAAGGCCGUUGUUUAUAACAUACGUCUGGGGAAAAAUUAUAUGAAGUAUAAUACUUGUGGAAUUGGAUUUUCAUCAGAUGCCUUAUUUCAUAUUUGUCCAAAAUAGUAUAAAAUAUGUGAAAUAGCA